CGUCGAUUGGAUUGACUGACUUAAAGCCAUGGCGACAGCACAGCUCUACUUCCUCGUUCUUGCGCUAGCCAGCACUGUAGCGUUCGGGAGGAAUAUUUCACCGGCAGAAGAAGAUUUGGGCCGGUUGAUAGAUCCCUUUGUCCCCGGAGACUAUCCAAUCAAUCACACCGCUUACCGCCAAGCCUUGAGUCUCUUCCUUGACACCAACAUCGACGUCUACGCCCCGAACGCAACGGGCAACUUCCCCGUUUUUUAUUUCACCACCGGAUUUGGAGGUAUUGUUCCUGCCGAGGCGCACACGCAACUCUUUUCCCAGAUCGCCAGCCACGGAGUUGUUCUCGUCGCUGUGUGGAAAAUAGGCAGUCCCGAGAAUUCAUUCGAUCCCGCUUGGUUGCAAGCAACUGUCGACUUUGUGGAGAAGCGCCUGGAAAAUAGUCUUCACAACCAAGAAGGUUAUGUCUCUGAUUUUCACGUCGACUACCUGAAUUCCUUCAUCGGCGGCCACUCAGCUGGAAAUCAUGUCGCUGUUGCCCAGUUGCAGACGGACUGUUUGCAUUACAAAGGUCUGAUUUUGGUUGAUGCGGUUGAUGGAAAUAAUCCCAUUCCUGAAAACGUUACCAUGUACGUCAUCACUCCCGGCCAAAAGGUCAAUUUCACCAUUCCAACUUUGGAAAUCGUUACCGGACUGGACCCAAUUAUAGGUCCAUACGGAUUGGCAUGCGCUCCGGAAGAGCUUGCAGGCCGGCGCUUCUUCGAUGCCAUGACCGGACCGACGUGGUACGUCAACGCAACCGCUUACGGUCACGCUGAUCUGAUGGAUCCAGUCUACGUUGAAUUGAACGAGUUAGCCCAGUUCUGCCCGAACGAUCCUAAUGCUCCCAAACCAGAAUACAUCCAGUUCCUGACCGGAGAAAUCGUCUCUUUCAUCAACGCGGUUCUGGAUCCUGUUGGAAACUGUGCCCUGUUCGACAACCUGGAGAAGAGUGGGCUCGUGGGCAUCAACACCUUAAACGAUUUCGCCUCAAACGGAUGGGACAGAUGUACCCCGUCUGAAUGUGUUCUGACGCCCAGUUCUUAUUCCAUGUUUUCCUUUUGGUGAUGCGAUCACAAGAUAUUGAGUUCUUUCUAUUAAAUUCCAAUCAAGUUGUGCAUAUUUAUGUUUUCGUUAAUAUUCUUGUCGAACGUAAUAAAUAUACCGCAUGAAGUUUAA